AUGAUCGAAGAAUUAAAUUCCAGUAAUUCAAGAGAUAAUGAUGAAACGUUACAAUUAUUAGAACAUCCACAACAGGUAAAUAAUGUAAGGAUUCAUGUGGCAGCUUUAAUAGCGUCAUUUGCUGCAAUGGUAAUUGGAUAUGAAGCUUCAAGUAUUGGAGGAACCGUUACGUUAAGCGAAUUUAACAAAGAGUUUUUUGAAAAUGCUGAUCCUGACUAUGUUAAAGGUAUGAAAGCCAAUAUAAUUUCAUUAUUUCAUGUUGGUGCCUUUUUCGGUUCAUAUUUCGUCUAUCCAUUAAGUAUUUACUUGGGAUCUCUUUGGAGUUUCAAAUUAUCUGGGUUAUUGAUUGUAUUUGGGUCAGGUUUACAAUUAGGAUCCCAAAGGUCAACAGGUUUAACAUGUCUUGUUGCUGGAAGAAUCAUCGCCGGUGUCGGAGUGGGGGCUAUAAGUAACCAGCUGUGUUUAUAUAUUGGUAAUAUUAGUCCUUCCAAUUUAAGAGGUAGAUUAUUGGCAUUUUAUGAAAUUAACUGGCAAGUGGGUGGAAUUCUUGGUUUUUUCAUUAAUUAUGCCACUAACAGAAAUUUAUCAGGUAAUUUGCAAUGGAAAGUUCCUAUUGCGGUGCAGUUAAUUCCUGCAGGAUUAUUUUUCGCCGGUUCAUUUUUACUUAAGGAAGCCCCAAGAUGGUUAUUCUCUAAAGGUAGAAAUGAAGAAGGUAUUAAAUCAUUAACAUAUUAUCGUGGAUUACCUGAAGAUUCUCCUUACAUCUUACAAGAAAUUGCCCAUAUGAACAGUGAAAUUGUCGAACAUAAGAAAAAUGUCGGUUCUGAAUUUUGGGGACCUUUUAAGAUCUUAUUUGGUAAUUCAAAUUUAAGAUUCAGAUUAUUUUUAACUACUUUAUUAUUCGUCAUGCAAAAUACUACCGGUAUUAACGCCAUUGUUUACUAUUCUGUAUCUAUUUUGAAAACAAUUGGUAUUAGUUCAGAAGAUGCUGGAUUAUUAUCAACGGGUGUUUUUGGUUUGAUCAAAGGUACCUGUUGUGUUCUUUGGGCAUUUUUCGUCAUUGAUAGAUUUGGUAGAAGAAAAUCUAUCUUAGGUUUUGGUUCAAUUUGUAUAGUAUCAUUAUUUUAUAUUGGUGCAUAUAUCAAAUUAGCUGAUCCUGAACAUACAUUAAAUGGGAAAUCAACUGCCGGCUCAAGAACCGCAUUAGCAUUUUUCUAUAUCUGGACCGUUGGUUACGGUUUUAGUUGGUCCGGAUUCCCAUGGUGUUAUAUGAGUGAAGUCUUCGAUUCAAGAGUUAGAAAUUUAGCUCAAUGUUUCAAUGCUUCAGCUAAUUGGCUUUGGGCUUUUGUCUUUGCAAGAUAUGCUCAAAAUAUGAUCGAUGCUAUGAAUUAUGGAAUCUUUUUAUUCUUUGGAGCUUUAUUAACUAUAGCUACUUUUGCUUUCUUUUUCCUUUAUCCAGAAACCAAAGAUUUCCCAAUUCAUUAUGUUGAUUUAUUAUUCGAUAGAAAAGUGCCAGCUUGGAGAGCACAUGCCAGAGCUUUAGAAAUUAUUCAUACCCAACCUGAUGCUGAGGUUGUUCCAGGUGAAAACAAUCCUUUCGAUAAACCUGAUGAUAUUUACAUUGAUCUGGAGAAUAGCGCUGGUAGCACUUCAAAAUUGAUUUAA